UCUCGAGAUAUACUGACCGACCGAAUCGUCAGUUGCGUCCUUCAGCUCACCCACCGAUUCGCCCUCGUGAUCCUCCAAGAUGGUGCGCGAGAGGGACUCGGACGUCCCUCAACCCGGACCUGCGACCUUAAGCGCGAAUUCUGGUCCGGAUGAAUGGCUCGAACAGGCCAAGCUAUGUCGAUACCUACCGGAGGCUGACAUGAAGCGCCUCUGCGAGAUCGUGAAGGAGUGCCUGAUGGAGGAGUCGAAUAUACAGCCUGUGCAAUCUCCCGUCACGGUAUGCGGAGACAUUCACGGCCAGUUCUACGAUCUGCUGGAGCUAUUCCAUGUGGCUGGUGGCAUGCCUGGUGAAGUCGACCAAAGAGCAGCUGAGGCGGCGGCAGCGGCCGGCUUCAACGCAGCGGAUCUGGAACCUCCCACACAAAUCUCCGACCCGAAGGUGCGCAAGAAGAUGAAGCGAAGGUUUCAACAGGACAGCGCGUACACAUCUGCAGCAUCAAAUGAUGGGUCUGAGCAGGGUGGAGAAGACGAUGAGGAACAGCGAGGAAGAGUGCGGAGCCGGAGCAUGAAUGGAGAGGAGGAUGAUGAGGAUGACGACGACGGCAGUGAGGAUAGUGGUGUUGGCGUCAGAAGUGCCAACGCAAGUCGGAGUAAGAGCAAGAGCAAUAAAGUAGACCUGGCGACUGGACACCAGAACUUCGUCUUCUUGGGCGACUUUGUCGACAGAGGAUACUUCUCGCUCGAGACGUUCACGCUCUUGAUGUGUUUGAAGGCGAAAUAUCCCGACAAGGUCACUCUUGUUCGCGGGAACCACGAGUCUCGCCAAAUCACACAGGUCUACGGAUUCUACGAGGAGUGUCAGCAGAAAUACGGCAACGCCAGUGUUUGGAAGUCUUGCUGUCAGGUCUUUGACUUUCUCGCCCUUGCCGCCAUCAUCGACGGCAAAGUCCUCUGCGUUCACGGCGGCCUCUCUCCGGAAAUCCGAACUCUUGAUCAAAUAAGAGUUGUUGCAAGAGCACAGGAAAUCCCACACGAAGGAGCGUUCUGCGACUUGGUAUGGAGUGAUCCGGAAGAUGUCGAAACAUGGGCCGUCUCGCCUCGAGGUGCAGGCUGGCUAUUCGGAGACAAAGUGUCCAGCGAGUUCAACCACGUCAACAACCUACAGCUCAUCGCCCGCGCUCAUCAGCUAGUCAACGAAGGCUACAAAUACCAUUUCGCCACGCAAGACGUCGUGACCGUCUGGUCGGCGCCGAAUUACUGCUACCGCUGCGGCAACGUCGCCAGCAUCAUGACCCUCGGCGAUGAUCUGGAGCCCGACUUCAAGAUCUUCUCCGCCGUUCCCGACCAUAGGAGAGCGGUGCCGGCGGGACGUCAAGGGAGAGGAGAGUACUUUUUGUGA